CCUCUCUCUCCAUAUAGCUCUCCCUCUCUCUCUCUUUUUCUCUCUCUUUCUCUCCAUUCUAGUUCAUAGCACAUAGACUCAUUUAAGUACGUCGCCUGUGUUGUCUUUCUCAACCAUUAGUCCUUUGCUUCGAUAAAGGCUAAGGAAAAAAAGAAAUCUCUCUUUCUAAUUUUCUUGUUUUCAUUUUGGUUGAGACUUGAGAUCAAUGUCUUCGUCAUUGGAACAGUAACCUUUCUCUUUGAUUCAAACUUUCUUUCAUUUUCUUCUCUUUUUUCUUGUGUGUCUGAAGAAGAUUAUAGUACAAGUGUCAUUCUCAAAAUUUUGUCUUAGGGUUUUUUAAUUUUGUUACUUCAAAAACCCCUAAAAAGGCAUGAACAACAACAUUUUCAGUACUACUACCACCAUCAAUGACGACUACAUGUUAUUCCCUUAUAAUGACCAUUAUUCCUCACAACCAUUGCUCCCUUUUAGCCCUUCUUCUUCCAUUAACGACAUCUUGAUUCACUCCACCUCUAACACAUCAAACAAUCAUCUUGACCAUCAUCAUCAAUUCCAACAACCUUCUCCUUUUUCUCACUUCGAAUUUGCCCCGGACUGCGCCCUCCUCACCUCUUUCCACCCAGAAAACAAUGGCCAUGAUGAUAACCAAACCAUCCCAAACGACAAUCAUCAUCCAUCACUUCACUUUCCCUUGAACAACACCAUUGUAGAACAACCCACUGAGCCCUCGGAAACUAUAAACCUUAUAGAAGAUUCCCAGAGAAUCUCAACUUCUCAAGACCCAAAAAUGAAAAAAGCCAAGAAACCCAGCAGAACGGACAGGCACAGCAAGAUCAAAACGGCCAAAGGGACACGAGAUCGUAGGAUGAGACUCUCGCUAGAUGUCGCCAAAGAGUUGUUUGGCUUACAAGACAUGCUUGGAUUUGACAAAGCCAGCAAAACCGUUGAAUGGUUGCUUACACAAGCAAAACCUGAGAUCAUAAAGAUCGCGACAACCCUUUCUCACCAUGGCUGCUUCAGCAGCGGCGAUGAGUCUCAUAUCCGACCGGUGUUAGGAUCCAUGGACACAUCUUCUGAUCUAUGUGAACUUGCAUCCAUGUGGACGGUCGACGAUAGAGGCAGCAAUACUAACACGACCGAAACAAGAGGAAACAAGGUCGAUGGGAGAUCGAUGAGAGGGAAGAGAAAGAGGCCAGAACCGCGAACGCCCAUUUUAAAGAAGUUGUCCAAGGAGGAGAGAGCGAAAGCUAGAGAAAGAGCAAAGGGUAGAACAAUGGAGAAAAUGAUGAUGAAGAUGAAAGGAAGAUCACAAUUAGUGAAAGUUGUGGAAGAAGACGCUCAUGAUCAUGGUGAGAUAAUAAAGAAUAAUAAUAGAAGCCAAGUGAAUCGGAGUUCUUUUGAGAUGACACACUGCGAAGACAAGAUCGAAGAACUUUGCAAGAACGAUCGUUUUGCAGUUUGCAACGAAUUUAUCAUGAAUAAGAAAGAUCACAUUUCAAAUGAAUCUUAUGACUUAGUCAACUACAAACCGAACUCAUCAUUCCCAGUGAUUAACCACCAUCGCAGCCAAGGAGCAGCUAAUUCCAUUGAGGUACCUUAUUUAUAUCUACGAGUCACAUUUAUAAUUUUUAUGAGUUUUUUUCCAAUGGUUUUAUCUAAAGCUAUACACAGUUAAUUCAAGUUUUAGAGGUAGGGUAUAUCAAAUUCAAUGACACUAAUGCACCACCAUCGAUUAAUUAAUGCUAUAUAUAGUUUAAUUAGAAGUUAGUUUUUGUGUUUUGUGGAUUGGUACUUGGUUAUUACUAUCUAGUUCCACAUCAGCGAUUCAAAGGCGCCGGUUUUUUUUAACUGACUUGGUUAUACUAUUAUGGUUUUUAUUGUUCAAAUUUUCAUCGAUUUUUUUUUUUUUGGGGCUAUGUACCUUGCAGCAGCAUCAGUUUACGGAUCUUCAUUACUCCUUCGGCGCGAAACCAAGAGACCUCAUGCACAACUAUCAAAACAUGUAUUGAAACUGAUUUCAUUUAACAUUAAUAUCUCAAAUUAAUGAUAUAUAGUUUGGUGAGAGAGAUAUGUUAAUCCAUCUUAUGUUUUUUUUUCUUAACAUCGUAAUUAAUCAUGUUUAUAUGAAGGCUUUUUCGUCAUUUUAGUGUCAAAUAUUAAACCUAUGUGAAGAAAUUAAUGCAAUUUGUAUAAUAUUUUGUUUUCAUAGUUCGAGUGGAU